ACUUCACAUCAUCUGCAAACAGGGACACUUCGGAGUCUGUUCCUUCUGUCAUGUCGUUCACAUAUACCAGAAACAGCACCGGUCCUAAGACUGACCCCUGUGGAACCUCGCUCGUCACAGGCGCCCACUCUGACUCCUCGUCACGUACCAUGACUCGCUGCUGUCUUCCCGACAGGCAUGCGGUAGUGUUGAGGAUGAACCUGCGUUACCGUGUGAGUCGUGGCCAAAGCAGCAGCCCUGUUAGCAGCAGUAGCAGCAACAGCGGUGGUGGUGGUGGUGGAGGCGGGGGAGGAAGCAACAGCACCAGGAACCACCACCGCCGCACACCCCUCUCCCCUGCUUCUCCACACCCACUGUCUCCUACACACCUGCUCAAAUCUCCAGUGAGAGCUCCAAGAGCUCAUAGAACAGUCAAGAGAUCUGGUGAUGUCUUUGAGGAGCAGAAUGAAAACUUGUUGGUGUCACCAGCACAGUACAACAGUGUGGUGAACGUGUCCGUCCCGCAUCACCACACUCCUUUCCUACGUGCACGACGUUAUCCCACCAAGUUGUCCAAGUGCAAAAAUAGCCCUCCAACUCCAACACCCAUUAUUGACUCUGACAACAAUAUUAUUACAACAAAAUUGCUCAAGCCACGCCCUCUGAGAGUUAGCAAGCGGCAGAACGAAUCACCACUGAACUAUAAACGUCACACACCACGGAAGCCCCACAGUCGACGUCACCGCAUUGCACAUUCCACUGAAACAUCAAAGGUAAUAUAUACUUCUUGGAAGCAGAGAGAGAUUUUCCAGGGUUCUCAGUGUGCAGUGCAAGAGAAUAAGGAGAAUUAUGAGGCUGGAGGGACAUAUGAAAGUUCAAAUGAUGAAGGCUAUGAAGAAUGGGAAGCUUUUGACCCUUACUUCUUCAUCAAGCACCUUCCACCACUAACUCCUGAAAUGAGAGCAAGAAAUCCAGCACUACCUCUCAAGACUCGCAGCUCACCAGAAUUUACCCUUGUUCUAGAUCUGGAUGAAACACUGGUGCACUGUAGUCUUCAGGAGUUGGAGGAUGCAACAUUAAGCUUCCCGGUGGUUUUUCAAGAUGUCAACUAUCAAGUGUUUGUACGCACCCGCCCGUAUUUUCGGGAAUUCUUGGAGCAUGUAUCUCACUUAUAUGAAGUAAUCUUAUUCACUGCCAGUAAGAAGGUUUAUGCAGACAAGCUUAUGAACUUACUUGACCCUCAACGCAAGUGGAUCAAGUAUCGACUGUUCCGUGAGCAUUGUGUAUGUGUUCAGGGCAACUAUGUUAAGGAUCUGACAAUACUUGGCAGAGACCUCUCAAAGACCAUUAUUGUAGAUAAUUCUCCCCAAGCAUUUGGUUACCAGAUCAACAACGGAAUUCCAAUUGAGAGCUGGUUUGUUGAUAAGGAGGAUCGGGAGCUGGAGAAGCUUGUACCAUUCCUAGAAUCACUUGUGGAUAAGGAUGAUGUUCGACCCUUCAUUCGUGAGAAGUACAAACUGGAGACAUAUUUACCACCAGAUUAAGCUUGGGAGAACUCUUGUUGUGGAGUACAUUCUUAGAUGUGACAGGAGCAAUAGUAAUUAGAAGGAAAAAACAGUGUUUUUGUCCAAGUACUCUAAAUCUUUCAAUAAAACACUACAGUAAUUCUGUCUGGUACACUUUGUGUUAGGCUCAAGUGAUAAGAAAGAAGUGGUGCCUGAUCUUGAUAUACAGUAAUGAUCUAAGUGAUGAGGAAGAACAGUAUUUAAGUGAUAUAGUGUGAAUGUGUGAACCAAUGAGACCCCAGACUAAGGUGUUAGAACUAGGCAUUGAAAGAUUAAACUUUCAUAAGGGCUGCAUUGAUUUUGAAAGUGAUGCUAUAUUUGUUGGCAAGAAGGUUUGUAUGAAAAACAGCAUAAUGUAAUAGCUUGAAAAGCACUUUAAACUUAAGAGAUAGCUUCAAGAUAUGAACAGUUUUACAAAUAAAACUUGUGUAGAAUAUGGUGAACAGAGAUGUAUAUAUUAUGUUUAGCAACAUCUGAUCAGCAGGCAUGAGAAGUUCAAAGUAUCCUCUGAAAAGUUACAUUGCUCUUGUUGGACAAUGUUGCCACUGCUGCUUUGAGAAGCAGUAAUGGGUGUUCUCCACACAAGAGGUAUCAGAAUAAUAGUGUAAAUCCUGUGAAUGCAUGUUACAGAUUGGUUGAGUAGUUUCAUAGCAUUUGUCAGUGAAUUCAAGAAGAGAAAGUAUAUUUUGAAUGUUAUCAAUUGUAUACACUAAAUUUUAUUCUUAAAACUUCAUUUGAAAUGUUAAAUUAUUUUUUCUGGUUGCAUAAGAACAAAUUAGUAUUACAUUAGAAUAUCUAUAAGUACUAGAUAUCUUUUUAUUUUUUUUUCUAUCAUACAAAGAGUUAGAAAUGACCAACUUGUUUCUGCACUGCAAUUAAAUUUUCAUUUAAGUAUUGAAAAUUUAUUGUAUGGGUUACUGUACUAAAAAUUUCAAAUUUAGUAUUUUAAUGAUUAUAUUUUUUGUUGUGGUUUUAAUAUGAACAGUAUCUGUAAACAUUGGGGACAAAAGAUUAACAGGUAGACACAAAGUGAGAUUAUCAUUUAGGUUUUUUCUUAUAUUUGUCAAAUUCAUGUAUACAUCAUGAAUUUGAGUUGAGUCAGUGAUAGGAAGAACAGUAAUGACAGUCUUCAAAGCGCCUGUUUAUAUUAUUUAUGUACCUUCACUUCAAAACAUUUAAAAUGCAGUUUUCAACUGUAUAGUGGAAAUGAAAAGGCUUAGCUAUAAUGAGUGAGAGUCCUUUGAAAUUAAUGUUAUUUCUAGCAUGAAUGAAGAUACCAUGUAAUGUAGAUAAUUCACAUUGUGACCCCUAUCUCACAAUUUGGCCAGACUCCUCAUCAACAAUAUUCAUAUUCUCACUAUAUGCAUCUUUUUUUUUUAAUGUGUGAAAGUUUAUAAAUAAUUUUUAAUUCACCUAAGCUUUCAAAAUUUUUGCAGAUAAAACUGUUGAAUUGUAAUUUUACAGAAAGUUAAUUUGUUUGCACUACAGUACCUGGGCUUCUCAUUAUGUUUGUUAGGGAGAUGAACCCAGUGAUGUGUUGUAUAAAAGAAUUUGCCCAGUGCACGGUUUCAUAAAGUUAUCUGCACCUGGAGCAACCGGUGAUAUAAGUGAAUAUCUCAAGUUGUUGGAGGAAUACAAAUCUAUUUAAGGAUUUUCUCUGUAUGUAUGUGCUUAUUGUUCUAAAAUGUACAAAGAAGUUACAGAGUCUCAUUUUAACUUCAUAUUUUAGUUUACACAAUUUGUAAAUUUUAUUUAAAAAGGAGUUUGCUUCUUGUAAAAUUUUUUAUUAUUUAUAAAGCACAAAUUAAUUUUAACUGUGUACAGUAGAGCUAUACUGAGAGGUUCUGUUUUUGGAAGCAGAUUCUUGUAUUCUUGUAUAUAGUAUGAAGAAACACAGGGAGAGAUGGACAUAAACAUUGGACAGAAAUGUUAAGGUGCGGCAAGUACCUUUCUCUCAUUGUCUGCCACACACUAUCAUCAUUUUAAGAAGUAUAAUUUUUUUCAAUUGUAUUUCAUGUGAUUGUACAAUUAAAUAGUAAAAAUUCUGAGAAAAUUUAGCUGUUAGUAGAAAUACACAAGUUUCAUAUUGUGUGGGCCAGGUUGGUGAUUACAUUUGUUGACUGUCUUGCAUAGUCUUGUCAUUAUGUCUACAUAAUCUUAUAUAUUUUCUACAAAAAAUAUGAAAGGGAACCAUUGUUCAGUUACUUUUAAAUAAAAGAGUUAUUCAACAUGGGAAUUACAUAGGUAAAUUAUGCAAUGUAGUACAGUAUAUGUAUAUGUUUUAUUGUGCAUACAAUAAUACUGUAUAUUCUUGGCCACAAAUCUUCCUUUAUUAUAUAUGGUAAAUAACCCAAAUGUAUAAAUAAAAUUUUCUAUGGCAUUAAAAUGCAUAGAAUUAUAAAAAUUAGGAAUACUAUAGAAUAUGUAGCAAUGUGGCAGAGGCUUAUACUGUCCUGUAUUGUACUGUCCCAUGUACACAAGUACUUGAAGUAGAGUUUUAUUUUUAUUGUGUUUCAUUCUUGUUAAAAUGUUUUAUUUCAUUAAAAUGUUAGAUUGUCUCUUUCUCUCUCUCUCUCUCUCUCUCUCUUUCUCUCUCUCUUUAAUUAAAAACAUUCAAAUAUGCUAAAUAUAGACAAUUAUGCUUCAAAACCAGUUUCAUAUGAUAAUUCAUAUAAUUUUGUAACAUUAUUUGUUUUGGCAGAAUGAUGAAGGUUACCCCUUCUGCAUAAGACAAUGUCUUUAAUUCAUUUGUUGUGGACAUUAAUGAAAAAUCCAAGAAAAUACGUAUAAUCUUUUCAAUUAUCAUUAUUUUAUAUGAAGCAUUUUAUUAAAGUAAUACAGUACAAUUAGCAAGAGAAAUAAAUGUGAAUAUUCCAAAUUCCAAAUGUAACUGUGAAAAAAUACAUUUCAGAGCAAGUAAUUGUCAUGCCAGUAUAACAUUUGAUAAGUCAUUGCACGCAACAUGUGCGGUAUGCUGCCACAGAUUGUUCUUAACACUUUCACUGUCCUUCAGAUAGAUCUAUGUCAUUGACACCAGUGUCCUUUACAUAGAUCUGCAUCACAGACACCAGGGUCCCCUCACAUAGAUCUACAUUACUGACACCAGGGGUCCCCUCACAUAGAUCUACGUCACUGACACCAGGGUCCCCUCACAUAGAUCUACAUCACUGACACCAGGGUCCCCUCACAUAGAUCUUUGUCACUGGCACCAGGGGUCCCCUCACAUAGAUCUACGUCACUGACACCAGGGUCCCCUCGUAUAGAUAUACGUUGCUGACACCAGGGGUCCCCUCACAUAGAUCUACAUCACUGACACCAGGGUCCCCUCGUAUAGAUAUACAUCAUUGACACCAGGGUCCCCUCACAUAGAUCUACGUCACUGACACCAGGGUCCCUCACAUAGAUCUGCGUCACUGACACCAGGGUCCCCUCGAUCACUGACACCAGGGUCCCCCUCACAUAGAUCUAUGUCAUUGACACCAGGGUCCCCUCGAUCACUGACACCAGGGUCCCCCCUCACAUAGAUCUACGUCAUUGACACCAGGGUCCCCCCUCACAUAGAUCUACGUCACUGACACCAGGGUCCCCUCGAUCACUGACACCAGGGUCUCCCCCUCACAUAGAUCUAUGUCACUGACACCAGGGUCCCCUCACAUAGAUCUUUGUCACUGACACCAGGGGUCCCCUCAUAUAGAUCUACGUCACUGACAACAGGGUCCCCUCAAUCACUGACACCAGGGUCCCCUCGUAUAGAUAUACGUCAUUGAUACCAGGGUCCCCUCACAUAGAUAUACGUCACUGACACCAGGGUCCCCUCGUAUAGAUAUACGCCACUGACACCAGGGUCCCCCUCACAUAGAUAUACGUCACUGACACCAGGGUCUCCUCGAUCACUGACACCAGGGUGCCCCGUCACAUAGAUCUACAUCACUGACACCAGGGUCCCCUCACAAAGAUCUACGUCACUGACACCAGGGUCCCCUCACAUACAUCUAUGUCAUUGACACCAGUGUCCCUCACUUAGGUCUACAUCAUUGACACCAGGGUUCUUCACAUAGAUCUAUGUCAUUGACACUAGGGACCCUUGUGUAGAUCUACGUCAUUGACACCAGGGUCCUUCGUGUAGAUCUAUGUCAUUGACACCAGGGUCCCUCAUGUAGAUCUACAUUAUUGACAUCAGGGUCCCUCGUGUAGAUCUAUGUCACUGACACCAAGGUCCCCUCAUGUAGAUCUAUGUCACUGACACCAGGGUCCCCUCACACAGAUCUACGUCACUGACACAAGGGUCCCCUUGUAUAGAUAUACAUCACUGACACUGACACCAGGGUCCCCUUGUAUAGAUAUACAUCACUGACACCAGGGUCCCCUCGCGAAGACCUCUGUCACUGACACCAGGGUCCCCUCGUAUAGAUAUACAUCACUGACACCAGGGUUCCCUCACAUAGAUCUACGUCAUUGACACCAGGGUUCCUCACGUAGAUCUAUGUCAUUGACACCAGGGACCCUCGUGUAAAUCUAUGUCAUUUACAUCAGGGUCUCUCACAUGGAUCUACAUCAUUGACACCAGGGUCCCUUGUGGGGAUCUACAUCAUUGACACCAGGGACCCUCGUGUAGAUCUAUGUCAUUUACAUCAGGGUCUUUCAUGUGGAUCUACAUCAUUGACACCUGGGUCCCUCAUGUAGAUCUACGCCAUUGACACCAGGGUCCCUGAUGUAGAUCUACGUCAUUGGCACCAGGGUCCCUCAUGUAGAUCUACAUCACUGAUACAGGUCCCCUCAUGAAGACCUCUGUCACUGACACCAGGGUCCCCUCGUAUAGAUACACAUCACUGACACCAGGGUCCCCUCACAAAGAUCUCUGUCACUGACACCAGGGUUCCCUCACAUAGAUCUACGUCAUUGACACCAGGGUUCCUCACGUAGAUCUAUGUCAUUGACACCAGGGACCCUCGUGUAGAUCUAUGUCAUUGACAUCAGGGUCUCUCAUGUGGAUCUACAUCGUUGACACCAGGGUCUCUCAUGUGGAUCUACAUCAUUGACACCAGGGUCCCUUGUGGGGAUCUACAUCAUUGACACCUGGGUCCCUCAUGUAGAUCUACGCCAUUGACACCAGGGUCCCUCCUGUAGAUCUACGUCAUUGGCACCAGGGUCCCUCAUGUAGAUCUACAUCACUGACACCAGGGUCCCCUCACGAAGACCUCUGUCACUGAUACCAGGGUCCCCUCGUAUAGAUAUACAUCACUGACACCAGGGUUACCUCACAUAGAUCUACGUCAUUGACACCAGGGUUCCUCAUGUAGAUCUAUGUCAUUGACACCAAGGACCCUCGUGUAGAUCUAUGUCAUUUACAUCAGGGUCUCUCAUGUGGAUCUACAUCAUUGACACCAGGGUCCCUUGUGGGGAUCUACAUCAUUGACACCAGGGACCCUCGUGUAGAUCUAUGUCAUUUACAUCAGGGUCUCUCAUGUGGAUCUACAUCAUUGACACCAGGGUCCCUUGUGGGGAUCUACAUCAUUGACACCUGGGUCCCUCAUGUAGAUCUACGCCAUUGACACCAGGGUCCCUCAUGUAGAUCUACGUCAUUGGCACCAGAGUCCCUCAUGUAGAUCUACAUCAUUGACACCAGGGUCCCUCAUGUAGAUCUACGUCAUUGGCACCAGGAUCCCUCAUGUAGAUCUACGCCAUUGACGCCAGGGUCCCUCAUGUAGAUCUACGCCAUCGACACCAGGGUCCCUGAUGUAGAUCUACGUCAUUGGCACCAGGGUCCCUGAUGUAGAUCUACGUCAUUGGCACCAGGGUCCCUGAUGUAGAUCUACGUCAUUGGCACCAGGGUCCCUGAUGCAGAUCUACGCCAUUGACACCAGGGUCCCUGAUGUAGAUCUGCGUCAUUGGCACCAGGGUCCCUGAUGUAGAUCUACGUCAUCGGCACCAGGGUCCCUGAUGUAGAUCUACGUCAUCGGCACCAGGGUCCCUCGUGCAGAUCUACGCCAUUGACACCAGGGUCCCUCAUGUAGAUCUACGUCAUUGGCACCAGGGUCCCUCAUGUAGAUCUAUGUCAUUGACACCAGGGUCCCUCAUGUAGAUCUACGUCAUUGACACUUGAGUCCCUCGCAUAGAUCUAUGUUUUAAGCUCAGCUCCCUCAGAUAAGCUGUGAGCAGAAAAUUUUAGCUUAGAUAUGAGAGAAUAGGUUUGUGCAAUGAGUAUAAAAAAAACUUCUGCCCCACGUGGUGUAUGAUGGGAAAAGCAAAACUUACUUUGUGCUUGGUUUAACAUAACGAUUUUGAGGUGUUUUAUAGAAUUGUUUGCAUGGUUUUCUAGUUGUUUCUUGGUAUCAUUUGAUAGAAUGGAAGAUAUACUGCUGAAAUAAAGAUGAUUUUGGUUGGUUUCAGGACUGGAAGUAGCUUGAAAUUGGGGUCAAGUUAGUGGAAUAAUUCAAUUUUGCUGAUUUUCCUGAGGAUAUGUAAGACCCUUCUUACACUCCCAGGUCUGUUUUACUAGAUUUUACUUGGUCUGAUUCAAUUAUUGGGAUCUCAUAAACCAUGUCCAAUCAUUUCUGGUUAUAUUUUAUUAUCUGAGAAAUAGGGUAAAUCUUGAAUUUUUUGUGAUGAUGAACUCAGAAUGGAAAGCAUGUGUAACAUAGAAGAGGCCUGGGGAUGUGAUUAGUGAACAAAGGAAAUGUUUUAGUGCCUGGAAUGUCUACAGUGUUUAUCCUAAACUCUGUUUUUAAAUUGGAAUUUUUAUUGAAUUGUGUAAAAUUGGUCAAAUUACUGACUUCUGUGCAUUUCACUGGGUAGUUCUGAUGGGUGAAUGGGCAGUUUCUUGUCCUCAAUUGAUAGAACAGAAGGCAUACUAGUGAAACAGCUAAGAAUUUAAUUGAAUUGAGCAAUGCAAUUGACUUAAAAUAGGAUCCUAUUUAGGCAAAAUUGCUGUUGAAUAAAUUGCACCCAGACUAUC